GGCAGCUAGAGAGAGACGGGCAGCAGGUGCCCAGAGUGGCUCUGCCAAUGGCUCUCAUGGCACAUCUGAGAACAGAAAUGGACCUCGGAAGCACCUGGGCCAAAGACCUAGACAAAUUCAUCGAGAAAUAUCUCCUGCCAAACACGGAGUUCCGGGAGCAGAUCAGAAAGGCUGUCAACAUUAUCUGCGAUUUCCUGAAGGAAAAAUGUUUUCAGAGAACCAACUCUCCUGUGCGGGUGUCCAAGGUGGUGAAGGGCGGGUCCUCAGGGAAAGGCACCUACCUCAGAGGCCGAUCUGACGCUGACCUGGUUGUCUUCCUCACCAAACUCACCAGUUUUGAGGAUCAGUUGACACGCCGGAAAGAAUUCAUUGCUGAGAUUAGGAGACAGCUGGAAGCAUGUCAAAGAGAGAAAUGGCUUGGUGUAGAGUUUGUGUUCCAGAAUAACUCCUGGGCCAAUCCCCGCGUGCUCAGCUUCGUGCUGAGCUCCUCUGAGCUUCAGGAGCAUGUCGAGUUUGACGUCCUGCCGGCUUUCGACGUGCUGGGUCAUGUCACCAGAAACUACAAACCCAACCCUGAAAUCUACGUCAAACUUAUCAAGGAGUGCACUGCCCAGAAUAAAGAGGGCGAGUUCUCCACCUGCUUCACCGAGCUGCAGAGGAACUUCCUGAAGCAGGCCCCCCCCAAGCUGAAGAGCCUCAUCCGCCUCAUCAAGUAUUGGUACCAGCUGUGUAAGAAGGAGCUGGGGCAACCGCUGCCACCGAAGUACGCCCUGGAGCUGCUGACCGUCCACGCGUGGGAAUGCGGCAGCGGAAGCCCGGAGUUCAACACCGCCCAGGGGUUCCGGACCGUCUUAGAACUGGUCCUGAACCACGAGCAUCUCUGCAUCUGCUGGGAUGUGUACUACGACUCGCAAGAUCCCUUUAUUUCUCGCUAUGUGGCUGGGCAGCUCAGAAAACCCAGGCCUGUGAUUCUGGACCCAGCUGACCCCACAGGAAACCUGGGUGGAAAAGCCGAGGGCUGGCGUCGCCUGGCAGCAAAGGCGAGAUGCUGGCUGUACUUCCCUUGCGUGAACAAAGCCGACGGGACCCCAGUGGGCUCCUGGGAUGUGCCGUCCCCUGCUCUGCCACUUGCUGUCACACCCGCCUCAGGAGCCAUGGGGAACUGGGAGUCCCAGGUGUGUGCGCUGGCCCCCGAGGAGCUGGAGGGCUUCAUCCAGAGCAACCUGAGGCCCCAGGAGGACUGCCUGAAGCGCAUCCGCCAGCUCCUGGCUAGGGUCUCUGACAUCCUGCUGGAGCCGGACAAGGUCCCCCUGGUGCAGGGCAUCGCGCAGGGAGGCUCCUAUGGCCGGGAAACAAGCCUGAGAGGGGUGUCUGAGGGCACCCUUGUCCUCUUCCUCGACAACUGGGAACACUUCCAGGAUCAGAAGAAAGGUCAACAGGAAGUCCUGAAGAUCAUUGAACAAUGGCUGCUGGAGCCUCAGCUCCAGGUGGACCUGACCGACAAGUGUCAAGUUCUUAGGGCCCCAGGCCGCCUCUUCAUCCGUGUGACCACUCACAUCCCAGGGGGCCUCUUCACCGGUGUGCCCGACCAAACGCAGACCGUGACGUUCCAGGUCGUGCCUGCCUUCAACCCUCUGAACAUGGAAGAGAAGCCCAGCUCCUGGACUUACCGAGAUCUCAAGAGAGCCAUGGAUGAGAUGGGAGCAGGGCCCGGCGAGUUCUCUGUCUGCUUCACCAGACUCCAGCAGCAGUUUUUUAACAAGUUCCCCAGAAGACUGAAGGAUUUGAUCCUCUUGAUCAAGUACUGGUACCAGCAGUGCCAGAAGAGACGGGGCGGCGGCCCCGACGGCGCGGUGGCCCUCGCGCUGGAGCUGCUGGCGGCCCACGCCUGGGAGCAGGGCUGCGGCCGCGGCGACUUCGACCUGGCGGCGGGCGUGCGCUCCGUGCUGCGGCUGCUGCUGCGGCCCGAGCGGCUGUGCGUCUACUGGACGCGGCACUACGGCUUCCAGGACGAGGCCGUGCGCGGCGCGCUCCUGCUCCAGCUCCAGGCCAAGCGGCCGGUGAUCCUGGAUCCCACCGACCCGACUAACAAUGUGAGCUGGAACCACGCCCCGUGGGCACAGCUGAAAGAAGAAGCCGCCCUCUGGCUGCGUUCUCCCAGCCUCAAUAAGGAGUCGCCUGCGCCCAGCUGGGAUGUGCUGCCGGCCCCUCUCUUCAUCACCUCUGGCCACCUGCUGGACCAGUUCAUCAAGGACUUCCUUCAGCCCAACCCGCAGUUCUUGGAGCAGCUGGGGCGUGCCGUGGACGCCAUCUGUGCCUUCCUAAAGGAAGACUGCUUCCGACACUCAGCCACCACCAAGGUCCAGAAGGUCGUGAUGGGCGGCUCGGCAGCCAAGGGCACAGUGCUGAGGACAGGCUCUGACGCGCACUUGGUGGUGUUCAUGGACUCCCUGGCCAGCUUCACCGCCCAGAAGACCCAGCGUGGCUGGGUGGUCCGGGAGGUGGAGCAGCAGCUGGCCGCCUGGGCGCAGGUGCAGGACCUGGAGGUGAAGAUGGAGAUGUCCUCCUGCAAGGCCCCCCGCAGGCUCAGCUUCUCUCUCAAGUCCAAAUCUCUCAACGAGUGCGUGGACUUCCAUGUGCUGCCUGCUUUCAACGCACUGGGUCCACUGAGAGCCGGAUUGGCGCCCAGCCCCCGGGUCUACGAGGACCUCCUGGACCUGUACGCGUGCACAGACCUGCCAGGCGGGGAAUUUUCCACCUGCUUCUCGGAGCUUCAGCGAAACUUCAUUGAAACGCGGCCCAGCAAACUGAAGGACCUGAUCCGCCUGGUGAAGCACUGGUACCGGCAGUGUGAGCGGAAAGCGGAGCCCGGGGCGCGGCUGCCCCCCCAGUUUGCCCUGGAGCUGCUCAGCGUCUACGCCUGGGAGCGGGGCUGCGGCGGCGCGCCGAGCUUCGACAUGGCCCAGGGCUUGCGCUCCGUGCUGGAGCUGGUGACCAAAUACCGCGAACUGUGCGUCUUCUGGACGGCCAACUACAGCAUGGAGGACGGCAGGAUGCGGACGUUCCUCCUCUCCCAGAUCCAGAGGCCCAGGCCCGUGAUCCUGGACCCGGCCGACCCCACGGCCGACGUGGGCGGAGGCGACCGCUGGUGCUGGCAUCUGCUCGCCAGGGAGGCACAGCAAUGGUUCUCCUCGCCCUGCUUCCUCAGAGGCUCCGGGUAUCCCGUGCAGCCAUGGAAAGUUCCAGUAAGAGUGAUCUAAAGGGGACCGGCAGCCUCAGCCCAAGCACACCCCUGCACUUCCAACCUGGAGGAAUACAAAACCACAGCACGAGUGACCAGGACUCAGCUGUUCCUCCCCCACCUCAAGCCUGGGGACCAGGAC